AUGAACUGUUUCGACAGAAACCGGUGUCACUUGGGGUGGGUCAACCUUUGGGAUGAUAAGGAUUUACUAGGAUCGGAGGUCCCAGACCACCAGGAUCAUGGUAGACCAAAUAAACCAAUGAAUUUUUGUCCAGAGUGGAGUCAUCAGUUCAUUUGAUCUACCAUGAUCUGAGUGAUCUUGGAUCACUUAUCCUCAUUCGGAUCGUCUCGAAGAGCUCACUCUUAAUAAUCUGCAUGCCACGAGAGAUCAGCAAACAUAGAACCGGUCAACCUAUAAACCAGUAAGUAUGGAAACCAGAAACUCAUGCUAACAGUUCUUCCUUAUUUGUAGUGUUCAACUACAAAAGCAUUCCUAAUGCCUGCCCAUUUUGCUGUGGUGUCAACCUGCAAAUCGAAGGAACCUACCAUCCAAAACCAGGAAAUCUAGGAUACUCAACACUCCCACUCAGUCAGUACUAAUGCUGACUGUUCUUCUUCACUUGUUGUUAUCAUGGAUCCACAACUGAUUAUGGCUAUCAUUAUCACUCUUCAGAACCUCCUUCAAAUCCUCGACAGAACAUAGUCUACAGCAGUCAAAAUACAGUAGAUUUAUAAGUGGGAUUAAGUGACUGUUGAUCAAUGGUGGUUGUUGUUUUUUCAAUUUCAGUACACUUUAUGCCAUGAAACAUUAAUUUGAAUUUACAUAUUGACUCUUGUACUUGUUAUCAUAUUUCAUAUAAAUUAUAAUUUAUUAGAAGGAGUGUGGUGACAAAAUUUCUCGCCUGUCAUGUGGAAGAAACCAGAGCUGGCAUGGAGGCCGAGCCACUGUUGUUUUUUCCCUCCACCAAGUACCCUGGAUUUGUCGAUCAGGUAUGUGACUUGAUUUAAUUUUUUGGAAUAAUAACUGUCUAAGACCUUUCUUUGAGAAUUAGCAUUAUGUGGUUUUCAAGUUGAAAAAAGCACAAAGCGUAACAAGAGUGACUUCUUAAACAAGUAAUUAGUGAUACAUUGUGAUGCUGAUUGCUCUCUGGACCUCCUAAACACAUGAUUUGAUAAAAAAAGCCGAUUUUGAGCUCUCCAGACAUCCUAAACACCUGAUUUAAUAACCCACCCACUUAGUCUCAUACUGACUGUUCCUCUUCACUUGUUGUGAUCAUGGAUCCACAACUGCAUCCCUGAUGCCUGCCCCAUACAUUCCAGAUAUCUGACUGGAAACUUGUGGAAGACACAACUUGUAUGAAAUAUUGGAUUCCUUAUGGUGGCUGGAUGCUUGUGUAUGACCGGAUUCCAAUGAAAGCUGAACUUGUGGAAGGUGUAGUGGUGUUAUGUGGCCGAUGAACUGUUUCGGCAGAAGCCGGUGUCACUUAAUCUACAUAACACAAGAGAUCAGAGAUCAUAGAGCCGGUCAACCUAUAAACCAGUAAGUAUGGAAACCAGAAACUCAUACUAACUGUUCUUCCCCUUUAUCAUCUAUUUAUCAUCUAAAAAGGCCAAUUUUGAGCUCUGUGGACCUCCGAAACACCUGAUUUAAUAACACACCCACUCAGUCAGUUCUUAUAGUGACUGUUCAUCUUGACUUGUUGCGAUCAUGGAUCCACAACUGCUUCCCAGCUGCCCGCCCCAUACAUUCCAGAUAUCUGACUGGAAACUUGUGGAAGAUACAACUUGUAUGAAAUGUUGGAUUCCUUAUGGUGGCUGGAUGCUUGUGUAUGACCGGAUUCCAGUGAAAGCUGAACUUGUGGAAGGUGUAGUGGUGUUAUGUGGCCGAUGAACUGUUUCGGCAGAAGCCGGUGUCACCUAAUCUACAUAACACAAGAGAUCAGAGAUCAUAGAACCGGUCAACCUAUAAACCAGUAAGUAUGGAAACCAGAAACUCAUACUAACUGUUCUUCCCCUUUAUCAUCUAUUUAUCAUCUAAAAAGGCCAAUUUUGAGCUCUGUGGACCUCCGAAACACCUGAUUUAAUAACACACCCACUCAGUCAGUUCUCAUAGUGACUGUUCAUCUUCACUUGUUGUGAUCAUGGAUCCACAACUGCUUCCCAGAUGCCUGCCCCAUACAUUCCAGAUAUCUGACUGGAAACUUGUGGAAGAUACAACUUGUAUGAAAUAUUGGAUUCCUUAUGGUGGCUGGAUGCUUGUGUAUGACCGGAUUCCAAUGAAAGCUGAACUUGUGGAAGGUGUAGUGGUGUUAUGUGGCCGAUGAACUGUUUCGGCAGAAGCCGGUGUCACUUAAUCUACACAACACAAGAGAUCAGAGAUCAUAGAACCGGUCAACCUAUAAACCAGUAAGUAUGGAAACCAGAAACUCAUACUAACUGUUCUUCCCCUUUAUCAUCUAUUUAUCAUCUAAAAAGGCCAAUUUUGAGCUCUGUGGACCUCCUAAACACCUGAUUUAAUAGCACACCCACUCAGUCAGUUCUCAUAGUGACUGUUCCUCUUCACUUGUUGUGAUCAUGGAUUCACAACUGAAUCCCUGAUGCCUGCCACAUACAUUCCAGAUAUCUGACUGGAAGCUUGUCGAAGAUACAACUUGUAUGAAAUAUUGGAUUCCUUAUGGUGGCUGGAUGCUUGUGUAUGACCGGAUUCCAAUGAAAGCUGAACUUGUGGAAGGUGUAGUGGUGUUAUGUGGCCGAUGAACUGUUUCGGCAGAAGCCGGUGUCACUUAAUCUACAUAACACAAGAGAUCAGAGAUCAUAGAAUCGGUCAACCAAUAAACCAGUAAGUAUGGUAACCAGAAACUCAUACUAACUGUUCUUCCCCAUUUAUCAUCUGUUUAUCAUCUAAAAAAGCCAAUUUUGAGCUCUCUGGGCCUCCUAAACACCUGAUUUAAUAACACACCCAUUCAGUCAGUUCUCGUACUGACUGUUCCUCUUCACUUGUUGUUAUCAUGGAUCCACAACUGCAUCCCUGAUGCCUGCCCCAUACAUUCCAGAUAUCUGACUGGAAACUUGUGGAAGAUACUACUUGUAUGAAACUGGAUUCUUUAUGGUGGCUGGACGCUUGUGUUUGACCGGUUUCCAAUGAAAGCUGAACUUGUGGAAGGUGUAGUGGUGUUAUGUGGCCGAUGAACUGUUUUGGCAGAAGCCGGUGUCACUUAAUCUACAUAACACAAGAGAUCAGAGAUCAUAGAACCGGUCAACCUAUAAACCAGUAAGUAUGGAAACCAGAAACUCAUACUAACUGUUCUUCCCCUUUGUCAUCUAUUUAUCAUCUAAAAAGGCCAAUUUUGAGCUCUGUGGACCUCCGAAACACCUGAUUUAAUAACACACCCACUCAGUCAGUUCUCAUAGUGACUGUUCAUCUUCACUUGUUGUGAUCAUGGAUCCACAACUGCUUCCCAGAUGCCUGCCCCAUACAUUCCAGAUAUCUGACUGGAAACUUGUGGAAGAUACAACUUGUAUGAAAUAUUGGAUUCCUUAUGGUGGCUGGAUGCUUGUGUAUGAGCGGAUUCCAAUGAAAGCUGAACUUGUGGAAGGUGUAGUGGUGUUAUGUGGCCGAUGAACUGUUUCGGCAGAAGCCGGUGUCACUUAAUCUACACAACACAAGAGAUCAGAGAUCAUAGAACCGUCAACCUAUAAACCAGUAAGUAUGGAAACCAGAAACUCAUACUAUUACUGUUCUUCCUCUUUAUCAUCUAUUUAUCAUCUAAAAGGGGCAAUUUUGAGCUCUGUGGACCUCCGAAACACCUGAUUUAAUAACACACCCACUCAGUCAGUUCUCAUAGUGACUGUUCCUCUUCACUUGUUGUGAUCAUGGAUUCACAACUGAAUCCCUGAUGCCUGCCACAUACAUUCCAGAUAUCUGACUGGAAGCUUGUCGAAGAUACAACUUGUAUGAAAUAUUGGAUUCCUUAUGGUGGCUGGAUGCUUGUGUAUGACCGGAUUCCAGUGAAAGCUGAACUUGUGGAAGGUGUAGUGGUGUUAUGUGGCCGAUGAACGGUUUCGGCAGAAGCCGGUGUCACUUAAUCUACAUAACACAAGAGAUCAGAGAUCAUAGAACCGGUCAACCAAUAAACCAGUAAGUAUGGAAACCAGAAACUCAUACUAACUGUUCUUCCCUAUUUGUAGUGUUCAACUACAAAGGCGUCCCUUGUGCUUGCCCUUAUUGCUGUGGUGUGGACCUGGUAAAGCCAGGAUACCCAAAUAAGUUGGUACUCAAACUGACGGUUUCUCUACUCCUGUUGUGAUUGUGGUCACUGCAUGACCAUUAUUUACCUGUCUUCAUUUGAUUAUGGCUUCCAUUAUCACUCUUGCACAAAUCCUUGAAGAAACACAGUUUACAGCAGUUUGUUGUAAUACUUGUUUUUCCCAUUUCAGUUCACUUUAUGAAUGAUGAAACCUUGAUUUUUGAAUUUAAACAUUGACUCUUUGUUCUUGUUAUCAUAUUUUACAUCUUUCAAUUAGAGGGAGUGUGCUGGCAAACUUUCUCGUCUGUUAUGAGGAUGAGAGCAGAGCUGGCAUGGAGGCCGAGCCAUCCUGUACACUGGAUUUGUCGAUCAGGUAUGUGACUUAAUUCAAUUUUUUGGAUUGAUAACUGUCUUAUACCUUUCCUUGAGAAUUAACAUUACGUGAUUUUCAAGUUGAAAAAAGCACAGCGUAACAAGAGUGACUUGUUUAACAAGUAUUUGGUGAUACAUUGUGAUGCUGAUUUUAUCAAACUUGUCAUUUCAGGUCUUGAUCUGCCGAACCUGUCGGACAUUAUUCUGCCACAUCACUUUUAA